CGGCCACUCGCGAAAACCGAUUCGAAUGGCCACUGCACGUAGAAACGUCGCAUACGUCGUCAACAAGGAACUUAUACAGGUUUCCUCUCGGUUACCUGCGAACACAAAUCGGUCUCUCCUCGUGCACUCCCUCGUUCAAGCUCUUGGAUUGCUGAAAAAUGACUCGGAGGUCUCUCUGACAAGUUCGGAAUCUUCACGGCGCACUGUCCGAGUCGUAAAUCCACAGCCAGCCUCUUACGACGCUUUAGCGGUUUACCACACUAGAGAAUACCUUGACCGCGUUCUGAGGCGACACGAUAACUCAGAAGAGGGUGAUGACGAGGACGAGAAAGAUGAUCUUGGUCUUGAAGAUGAUUGUCCUCUCUUUCGCGGCCUGGAGAAAUAUGUGCCACUCGUGGCAGGCGCAUCUUUGACAGGAGCACAAGCUUUGAUGAAGGGGUUCGCGGACGUGGCUAUAGCUUGGGAUGGAGGAAGACACCAUGCACAGAAAGCACGCGCCUCCGGCUUUUGCUACGUCGCUGACUGCGUCCUGGCAAUCCUCGCGCUAAAGAAGGCGCCACCAAUACCUUUGCCUUUGCCCAAUGGAGGGGAUCAGAUGUGCGAGAAUGAUCUGCCUCCUGCGAGCCACCCAACGCGCAAGCCACGCGUUAUGUAUCUCGACCUCGACCUGCACUUCUCCGAUGGCGUCUCGCAUGCAUUCCACAAUCCCAAUCUCGCCAAUGCUGGUACUUCACAAGUACUUACCCUCAGCAUUCACCACGCAGCACCUGGCUUCUUCCCCAUCUCCCCCCUCUCAGACCUUCCACCCACCACCUCACCCACCGCCUUCCGCCUAACCCCACCCCCUCCCCGCGAUCCUUACACAUUGUCCCUCCCCCUCCUGCCAGGCUACAACAACGCGACGCUCGCGCGCACGUGGCCGUCCGUGGAGUCCAUCCGCGACGCGUUCUUGCCGGACUACGUCGUAUUGCAGUGCGGCGUCGAUGCACUUGCGGGCGACAAGUGUGGGAUCGGGGGCUGGAGUUUGGGUGGGGAGGAUGAGGACGAUGUGGAUGAAGAGGCGGGGAUGGACGUGGAUGGUGGCGAGCGUCUUGCGCUGGGCUCUCUGGGUUGGUGUGUGGACCGAGUUGUGAAUCGGUGGGGUGUUAAGACGCUUUUGCUUGGUGGUGGUGGCUACAACCACCCCAACGCUGCUAGGGCAUACGCCUAUCUCACGUCAAUCGCUCUCGACCGCCCGCUCCCUCUAAGCACACCCAUCCCUGACCACACAUUUUUCCCCGCAUAUGCGCCAUCGUUCAUUCUCGACGUCCCGCCUUCUACAAUGCAAGACGAGAACACCGACGUCUACCUACAAAAAGUAGAAGCCGCCUUCCAGUCCAGCGCCGAGAUCCUCCGACAGCGAAGGGAGGCAGCAGAAGCCGCGAUCGCCUAA